GUAGGUUUAUUGUUUAAUAGAGGACGCCGUAUCGACGAGCAAGUCUCUGCCUUCUGACAGCAGCUCCUCCUCCUGCCUCUUCCUCGACGCUUUUCUCUCCGGUAGGGUGUACAUGAAGUAGGACGCCACCCGAACCCCGAAAACGCACAUGCCCCCCGCCGUCAAUGUGAUACAGCUUAACACGAAUAUCUUGUGAAGACGAUCCGCGAGCUUUGGACGCAUCUUAAAAGAGCUUAUUCGAAACGCGGGUAACAGUCGAUGGAGGUUUCACUGAUAACCGAUAACACGGGAAGGUUGCGAUCAGGUGGAAAUGUAACAGUUGCGGGAAGUUCCGGCCCGAUGGCCUACGAGGGGCCGCCGGCGAAGAGGGUCCGUCGUGACGAAUCGAUGGACGUGGACAUCCAGACGCCGCUCCAGUUUGCAGACAAUGAAGACUUUGUGCCAGGGACAUUAGACGAAGUGAAGUCGUACAUGACCACGUUGGUUGCAGGCAGGUCGUAUUACAUGUACCGCAGGCCUGCAGGUCACACAUACGUCUCUCUGCUCUCGCCUAAGGACUGGAACGACAGACCACCGCAUGAUUUCAUAACGGCGAUCAGGUACGAAGGCAAUUUCGUCUGGACGAAAGUUGAUGAUUGAUGAAACAGUCCAACAUGACAAUAGUAAAAAAAAAAGUUUCGACAUUUUGCCAUCUUCAGUGUGUGUUUCUGGGCGAUGUGAUGUCAUACAUUAAAGACACCACAAGAAAGGGCACUAUUCAUUAUGACGAUGAGGGAGGAUGUAAGAGGACGAAUGCCUGCAUGGAGGCUCAGAAAAAGGAAGGGGGGAAUGUCACUGUAAGAGACAGGCGCUACAGAGGAGGAUUGCCACACGGAGACUCAGCAGGAUGAGGGAUAACCGAAAGAGACUGCAAAACUGCUCACCAAGAAUAUGGAUUCCCCAGAUAUCCCUAUAAAAACAGGAAUGAGAAUAAUUUCUUCCUUAAAAACUUAAAUUUGUAUAAUUAAAAAACAUGUAUAUUUUUUAA